AUAAUAGGUGUUUUGUUAUUGUUAUAAUAUUACUGUGUAGUGUUAUCUGUUAAAAAUAUAAAAAAAAGGAAUAGUACUACGAAUAAUAUAAUACAUAGGAGGAUAAACGAUAAACCAAUAGGCAAUAAGUAAUUACUAUAGGUGUAUACUAUUUUCGUUUCACUUUCGUCAGUCUGUGUUUGUCACUGUUGGGAAUUACAGCUGUGGAUUACGACUUACGAGCGACGAGUAUAUUUAGUUUAAAUUAAAGUACUACGCAUUGUGUUCGUAAGAAAAUUUUUGCUGUUGCUUUCCGCCAGGAUUUAGUGACCAACAACCCUCCAAAAUGAAAACAGACAAAAUUAAAAUUGAAUCUUCGGAAGAUUUAAAAAUCCCUUAUGUCCGUUUGGAGCGUUGCAGCUUAGAAGAAAUUAAUGGCUACAAAUUGAAACCAGAAAGAAAUGCUUAUUAUUUGAUCGAGCCUGGAUCAGAGGAAAUUAAUGAAGAAGAAGGUGAUGAUAAUAUGCUAUCACUGAACUUUAUGACUGUAUUAGAUGAUUAUGAAAAAUUGUACCGUUCCUAUGUCUUACUUGAACGAUUAUCUCCACAUGAUAUCCAACAUUUAUUGUAA